UUAAACAUCGGCUCGCAACAUCUAUAUAAGGCCACUCUCUAGAUGCCUUUCAAUCAUCACCACUAGUAUCUCAAGCAACCGCAAAUUGUCUUUCAUUGUCAUGGAGCACUCUUUCUUCCUUGUCAUCAUCCCGUUCUUGGGCUUGGCCAUGGCCUCCCAGCUAACCGGCCUUUGCGACGCCGCGCAGGUGCAGGGGCAACCAAUCUACGACACGGACGGCCACGAGCUGACAAAGGACAACCUCUACCAGAUCCUGCCGGCCGACCCCAAAAUGAACGGCCUAUGCCUCUUCGCCGGCAGCCUAUCACCGGCCGACUGCCCUCUGCGUGCGAUCAUAGCUCGGUGCUGGUCCAAAAGGGGCAACGCCGUGAUGGUCAUGCCGGCGGAGGCGAGCGGUGGCUCCGUGCCACGUCUCUCGAGCGACCUCCUACUCACCUUCAACCACACCAUCAACAAGUGCAUGAUGCAGCUCCAGUGGUACGUCGAUGAUUACUUCGACACGGACCAGAUGCACGUCACAGUCGGCCACACCCUUGGGGUACCGGUGCCAGAGAAGACAGAUAGGACAGAAAGGUUCCGGUUCCAUGCAGAGAGGCACGGGAUAUUUUAUAAUUUGCCACACAUUACAUUGGAUCUUUAUAAUUUGCCACACAUUACUUUGUCUUCUACUAUUUGCCACACAUUACACUCAUUCCUUUAUAAUUUGCCCUAUACCUCCCUUUACAGCUCUAUUAAAUUAUUUUACUCCAAAAUACUUUGUGAAAUACCGUAACUGUACGUAUGUGGC